AAAUCCAACAGAACCGCGCAACUCGUCAUCGUGAAAGCAUCAAAUUUAAUUAUAAUUUUUCGUUUGUGUGUUUACAUUGUUCUUUUUUGUAAACUUUUAUCAAAAUUAAUUACUUAAAAAGACAAAUUAAUAGCUAAAUUAAAAGUGCGUGGUGAUUGUCCAUUUGUGUAACCUAAAAAAAUAUAAAUAAAAUAUAUUAAAAGUUAAUUGAAAAAAACAAAAAAAUACCGUGGGAAUUUUUGAUGCAUAUGUGUUUGUUGUUGUGGUGAAGAUUGAAGAAGCAAACAGGACCAGUGAUAAAAUCCGGGUGUUGAAUUAAAAAUAAAACAAAUAUCGUCAAUUCUGGGAUUAUUUUUUUUCAUUUUGAUUGAAAGAUAAAACAUCAUCAUCAUCAUGGGUUUCAUGUCGUCGUGCUCCAAGUAUUUUUUGUGCUUCUUUAAUUUUAUUUUCUUUGUUGCUGGAGGUGCAGCAAUGGCAGCAGGGCUAUGGAUACUUUUAGAUAAAAAAACUUUGGGUGAUGUUUUUACAUCAUUUGAAAUCAAUGAAGUUUCAAACGUACUGAAUGAGACAAAUGCUAAUGUGAUAUCAUUGAUAGCAUACUGUUUGAUUGUUGCUGGAGCACUUGCAUUUAUUGUCUGUUUCUUUGGCUACUGUGGUGCAGCUGUUGAAUCAAGAUGUCUUCUUUGCGUUUAUGGAAUUUUAAUUAUUAUCAUUCUUGGUCUUGAAUGUGUUGCUGUUGGUCUUGCUCACAAUCUUUAUUCUGGUGCCGACAGUCAUAUUAAAAAUGUUUUGAAAUUAACAAUUGAAGAUUAUGUAGAACUUGAUUCUCAACCCAUGCCAUUCAAUAAGACUCAAGCUAUAUCAGCUACGUGGGAUGGUAUCAUGACACAGAUGCAAUGUUGUGGUGUUGAAAGUUACAAGGAUUUUGAAAAAAGUAACAGUUGGAAAGAAACUGGAAAAUUGGCACCUGCAGCUUGUUGCAAAAAAGAAGGAGGAAAAUUAUUAGAUGGAUGCCAAAAUAAUCCUUCAUCUUCAAAUUCAAAUUUCCAAAAGGGAUGUUAUCAAGCUGUUGUUGAUAUGGUUCAACGAAAUCAAGAAAUAAUUAUUGUCAUUGGAUCAUCAAUAAUAUUUGUUGAAGUACUUGCAAUAAUAAUGGCAAUGUAUUUAGUAUGUUGUCAUUGGCGUCCACAACAUGUUUAUCGAUGUGUAGAGCCACCCGGCAACAAGUAAAUCGAUACAGGGAUAUCAUUAUGAUCGGCUGACCUCGCGAGAUAUUUUUUUUUUUUUUCAUAUUAAUAUUUAAAUUAGUUGUAAUUUUAAUUUUUAAACAAAACAUUGUGCUCCCAAUUUGGUAGAAGUCCUAAAUAAUUAAAAUAAUAAUCAUUUCUUUUUAAUUUCCAUUUUUAAUUCUACUUGCAGUAAUAAUAGUUGGCUGGGUUUUGCGCAAUAAUAUAUUAAUUAACAUACAUUUAAAAAAAAAACCAUUCAACACAUUAAAACACCAUCUAAUUCAUUAAAAUAUCAUUCAUAAUAAUAACAAUAGCUUUUGCAAUAAUAAUAUUAAUAAAUAAAUUAUAAUUUUAUAUUUUAAAUAAUCAUUCUUAUAGCUUGCGUUGAUGUGUCGUCGAGACAGGCCUGGUGAAUCGGGUGAUGGUGAAUUGAUGAGAGGAUGAUGGUUUUCCGGUGAGGUAUUUAAUAUUUCCCCCCGCUAUUUUCCCCCCUUUCAAUUCUACUUUAUUUUAUUUUUAUAUAUCUUUGUAAAUAUGUGGUUUAUUUUUUUCCUUUCUUUUUAAACUUUCAUGACUUUUUAACGUGUCAAAAUAAGGUGAAAGUGUCAAUUGACAAUUGACCCAAAACCACUGCUUGCUUUAUUAUUUAUUUUCAAGAAUAAAUACUUAAAAAUUCAAGAGUAAUUCAAUAGUAAAAAAAAGACAAAAUUAGUAGUAAAAUUUGAAGAAAAAUAGUUUCGAUAAAUUGAGAAAGUUUUAGUUAAAAAUUAUGCAAUAAUAUUUGAAUAAAUUAAAAGUGAAAAGUUCAUGUAAUUUAUGAACCAAGAUGUUAAUAAUCGUGUGGGUGAAAUUUGUAGUAAUGAUCCAAUAAUGUCUCAACUCAUCCAAGCAUCAAGCAUUUUUUAUUAUUCAAUCUUCUAUUUAAAUUGUUGAUAGUUAAAUUUUAAAAAAAUAAAAAAACCAACUGGUCAAUUGUAAGCAAAUUAAAUCACCUUGUUUAAGACACUCUUCUUGUUUUCUAUCUUAAAAAUAAUUUACCUUUUUUUUGGAAUUAGAUAAAGUAUAAUUUUAAUUAUCUUUUGCACAGUUUUAUUAUUAAAAUUUUUUACUAGCUUCAUAACUAAAAUGGGGGCGCAAUAAUUAAUAAAGUUGAAAAAUUAAAUAAACAAUAUAAUUUGUUUGUUUUAUUAAUUUUAAUAUAGUUUUUUUUUUACUUUUAUAAUUUGCUAAUUUGCUAAUUUAAUUUUUCAACUUUUAGUAGACAAAUAAAUUUGUUAAUCUUUUUAUAUUCUAUACAACUAUCAUGAACGUUGCACUCUAGAAAUUUUAAUUACAGUGUUAACAUGGUGGUGCUGUUGCUGACGAGACGUUAACAUCCAACAAUCUAUCGAGUAGUAUCUCAUAGUAUUCGCACGUCUUGAGUCAUUAGACAUCUUGUGCCUUGCUUGCUUGACAAAGAAAACCCAAUCUCCAAUAAAUACAAAAUUAAUAAUAAUAAUAAUCCAUAAACAAAAAUAAAAUGUCCAGAUUUAAAACGUUGCACAACCAUAACAACCUUAUAAAAAAAAAAACAAAGUAAAUAUGAAAUUAAUUAAUGAGUCAAGACUCAUUAGAUAAAAAAAAAAAAGAAA